AUGGCUGCUGGGUUAAUGGUGAGCGUUUUAACCGGUGCGAUGAACUCCCUCGGUAAACUAACCACUCUAAUGGGGGAGGAGUUUGCAAGGCUGAAAAACCUGCGAAAAGAGGUGAAGUUCAUCCGGGAUGAGCUCAUCGGAAUGAAGGAUGCUCUUGAGGAGCUUUUUUUUAAUGAACUAGAUACACAAACUAAGAGGUGGAGAGAUAUAGUAAGAGAUAUGACUUAUGAUAUUGAGGACAUCAUCGAUGACUUCAUGCAAAACAUUGGGGAGAACAACAAAAGUACCGGGUUUGUUAGCAAUACAGUUCGAAGACUCAAAACUUCGAGGGCUCGUCAUAGGAUUGCUGGACAGAUUGAGGAUAUAAAAAAAAUUGUUCUCGAGACAAGUUUACGGCAUGAAAGGUACAAUCUUGAUAUCCCUCAACAAAGGAAUGUGUUCAUUGAUCCACAGGUCGCCACACUGUACGAAAAUGCAGACAACCUUGUAGGUGUUGAAGGACCAGCGACUGAAUAUGGCAAUUGGCUAAACGAUGAGGAGAAGCAGUUGAAGGUAUUAUCAAUUGUGGGAUUUGGAGGUCUCGGCAAAACAACACUAGCAAAUGAGGUAUAUCGCAGGCUGAAGGGUGUCUUUGAAGGUUCUGCAUUUGUGUCGGUGUUUCAAAAGCCUAACGUCCAAAAACUUCUCGAUAAUUUACUAUCCCAACUUGGGACAGAACCAUCAAUUCAUGACUGUGAGUCACAUCUUCUCGACAAACUCAGAGAACAUCUGCAAGCAAAGAGGAAAUGGAGGAUGGAGAUGUCUCAGUUGGAAUCAAGCUACAGAUUUGCUUCAUGCUACCUCAUUUCGUCGACUGUUUUGUUUCUUUGAUCAGUAGAUGAUGAUCACUUUUUAAGUUACAGGGUUGGUGCUUUACUCUCUACUCAUAUGUCCAGCCCAUGAAUUAUCUUGGUUUUUGUUUUUUGGUGUUUGUUUGCCAUUUGUAUCGAACUAAUCGUUCCAACUUGUAUUAAACUGAGGAUCCAUGCUUGGAGAUUUGUGAUGAAUUCCUUGGUUUUGUUUGCCCAUUGCGGACGUGUA